AUGCCUUCUGGAAGUGUUUGGGAGAGCUGCAAGGCCCUUAUCGAGAAUUUCCAGGAUCAUAGUGUAAAAUACUCCGUCUACCCUCCUCCAAGGGGCGUGAAGGCCGGAGAGAGUACUGUGUUCUUCCCCGAGAAUUGUGAAAUAUUCUGCUGGUCCCGAAGUGAGGUUACUGUCAUAGAGCUUCCCUUGACGCCGCCUCCGUCGCCUCCACGAUCGCCGUUCGCGCCCUCGCCAUUCCUUCCUCUUCCCACGCCCACGACCGCCCCUUCCCCAGCUCCUCUUCACUGCAGGGUCUCCUCGGCCGCCUACGAUAUCAUCCCGAUGCGCCCUUCCUCUCCUCCCGCGGUUCUCGCGGCCAUUUUAACUCCGCCUCCUGCAGCUCCUCCUUCGCCCACGCCCUCCAACGCCCUUCCUCCCUCGCUGGCUUCAAGAGAGCUCCUUCCCUCCCGAAGGACGCCUCCACAGCUUCCCGCGACGUCGUCUUCAUGGCACCGUUGCAUGACUCCUGCGGACGUGGCCGCCAUCGUCAACCUGGUGGCGAUGUUGAUAUUGUUCGUGAUUAUUGUGAUAUUCCUUAAGAAAAUGUGGAACAACUCUUAA